AACAGGAAAUUAUGUUGGGGAAGAAAAUUCGAAUUUGUACAGCUGAAUCGUGGGGACAUUGUUGCAAUCCUAAGAUUGAAUGAGGAUUUCUAAAGAGUCAGCUCUGGAUAAAAUGGUUACAUCCAUUUUGGGAAAUACCUUUGGAGUCGAAGAAGGAGCCUUGUGAAAAUUGGUACAAAUAUAACUGCUUUAUCUCAUCCAGGACCAGUCAACAGAUUGUGACAGAUUUUCGCCCCUUUUUGGCUAAGUACAAUAAUGGAACAUAUUACCAUUGAGAACAGAAGGCUAACGCCCUCUCUCGAAUAGGGGCGGCUGCUGUGGAACUGUUGGAGGACCCUCUUUUGUUUUUUAAAUGGCUCGGGUGGUUUUGACAGUUUUGACGUUUAGAUCAGUUGUCAAUAUGAGGUGAAUAGAAAAUAUUGAUAAGCAGCAUCUAACCUGCCCCAGGGAACUACGAUAUUUAUCAAAUUAAAUUACAUGCUUUAUUCGCCCACUCAAUUAAAACCUUAACAAUUACGUUGCCACAAUGACUAAAGUGAUUGAAGAAGACGACAUUUAUUCAGGCUACAAUGACUACCCAUCGUUAUUCAGCACUAAGGAUUUGGACCAAGAUGAAUUGUUUCAAGAAGCAAUUAAAGCCAGCUAUGCACAACGUCCUAUCAUGACACCAAAAGUCCCAGGCACUGCUAUGCGUCUUGGAACUUCUAGUGGGUUUCACAGAAAUGGAACCGGUAUAAUUGGCCGACCAGGUACAGGUCCAAGACCAAUGACUGCAGUCCGCGGUGCUGGGUAUACUAGUGGGAGCCGGCAACCUUUUGAUCCGCUUAAUAUGAAUGGCAUGGCAAGAGGUCCAGCUCCACCGUUGGAAAGUGGCAAAGAAGACACACCAGAAGAGAAAAUUAAAAUGGCAGAACAGAGGAUAAUGGAAUUGAUUGAGAGUUCUGCAGAAGCUUCUUGUGAAAACAAUACACGAGUUGCCCUGGAACGGGCAAGAGAAGCUUCUUCUCGAGAACGUGCACUGAUACGCUUACAAGAACAGGCUGGGCUUAGCGACAAUCAUAACAUUGACUUGACAUUUGCGGUGCUGUUUAACUUAGCUAGUCAAUACGCUAACAAUGAAAUGUACACAGAAGCAUUAGCCACGUAUCAAGCAAUCACUCGGAACAGAAUGUUCAGCAACAGCACACGACUGAAAGUGAAUAUGGGUAACAUUCAUGUAAAAAUGGGGCAGUUACCGCAAGCCAUAAAAAUGUAUCGUAUGGCUUUGGACCAAGCACCCGCCGCUCAAAAGGAUUUGAGAAUAAAAAUAAUGCAUAACAUAGGAAUGCUAUUUGUACAAAUGGGUCGCUUAGAAGAGGCAGCGAACAGUUUUGAAUGGGUGAUGCGAGAGAGAGCAGAAUUCAAAGCAGGGUUACACGCCGUACUGUGUCAUUUUGCUUUGUCACAUCGAGAUAAAAUGAAAAGAGGUUUUUUAGAAUUACUUGAAGUCCAACUGAACAUUGACCAAGACGACAAGUAUGAUAAUAAUACCGAGGAUAUCCCUAUGAACAUCUUGAAUGAAGUAAUCAAAAACGACGAGCUCUCAAAGCUGGAAAAAGAAAUGAAACAAGAAGCGGAAAAAACUAUUCUUACUGCAGCAAAACUGAUUGCACCUGUUAUAGAGGAUACAUUGACUGCCGGAUUUGCAUGGUGCGUGGAUAUGAUCAAAUCGUCUGCAUAUGGGCCUCUUGCAGCAGAUCUCGAAAUAAACAAGGCCAUGACAUUUCUUCACAACAGAGAAACACAGCUAGCCAUAGACACGCUGAAGGUUUUUGAGAAUCGGGAAACAAGUGUAAACAGUGCAGCAGCUACUAUGCUAUCUUUUAUUUACUUCCUGCAAGGUGACUACGAUCAAGCCGAAAGGUGUGCAGAAGUUGCUCGAAAAGCGGAUAGUUAUAAUGCUGCAGCAUACGUUAAUUUGUCUGCUUGUGCAAUAAAAAAAAAUGACUUUGAGAGGGCGAGGGAAUUAUUAUUAUGCGCCCUAGACAGCGAUGCAAGUCACGUACAAGCUCUUUACAAUCUUGGACUGGUUUACAAAAAACUCAAUGCGUACGAGGAAGCAGUCGAAUGUUUUUGGAAAGUAAGGAACCUUGUGCGAUAUGAUCCUCAGACUUUGUAUCAACUUGGCCACCUUUAUCAGCUCAUCAAUGAUACAGAUCAGGCUGCUGAAUGGUACAAUCAACUCCUGGGCAUAAUCCCUUCGGAUCCUGGCAUACUGCAAAAGUUAGGCGAGAUGUACGACAACUUGGGAGAUAAACAGCAGGCUUACCAAUUCUACAGCGAUUCUUACAGAUAUUAUCCUGCAAAUUUUGAAGUGAUUGAUUGGCUUGGAUCCUACUUUAUAUCAAUGCAGGUAGCAGAAAAAGCUUUGAUAUAUUUUGAGAGGGCUGUGGCAUUGGCACCUGACCAACCGAGAUGGCGACUACUUGCAGCGGCCUGUUUGAGAAGAACCGGCCAGUUCCAUAAGGCUCUUGCGGAGUAUAAAGAUAUCCAUAAAGCUUUCCCUGAGAACAUCGAGUGUCUUAAAUUUUUGGUUCGGUUAUGCAGUGACUUAGGUCUCAAGGAAGCUCAGUUUUAUGCCUCUGAACUUAAAAAAGCUGAAAAAACGAAGGAGUUGAAAGAGCGACAGGGUUCCGCUCGACCCGGAACUACAGGCUCCAGACGAAGCAACAGUGGUACUUCGUCACGAGCAGGAUCCGGUCUUAGCGGUGUGUCCGAAAAUAGAGGUAGUCCAACUUCAGGUAAAAAUGAGCAACAUGGAAUUUAUAACGGAGGCCCUAUCAGAGCGAAUCGUCUAGCCAUGCUAGAGAGCCCAUUGGAAUUCACACCUGAGCCACACGCGCAUAUCAACACAAAUUAUUCAGAUCCCGUUGGCCCGCUGCCUUUGCGUCCAAUGACGUCCGCAGGCAAGAGGGAUGAUGAUUUUGGUGACGAAGAAUUAGGCGAUGAUCUUCUACCUGAAUAAGUGAUGAGACGAGUAUUCAAUCUUGCGAGAAAGGGGGUAAAUAAGUUUACAUGAAUCGAUGUUUGUUUCUUUGACAGAGAAAAAGAAAUGGAACCCUCCAGAGUACCUUGUAGAAAAGCUUUGUUAAUCACUAUUAAUUAAAAUAUGUAUUAGCUUGCACUUCUGGGAAUUGUUGCUGAUAGCGCAGUUUCGUCUUAUUAACUGCAGUAGAUAGAAAAAUAUUUUCUGCAACUUGGUGUCGAUUACUUUUAUUACUAGUAGAAUUAAGAAAAUAUUAAAGAUUUGAUUAAUUAUUCUGCGAAAAGAAUGUAAUCUCAGACUAUAGAAUUUUUAACAAUAAGCCAGUCGUCAUUAUAAAAAGUAUUGUGAAGACGUUGCAUUCUUUCGAAUACAUUUAAUUGAUAAUCGUUGUGAAAAUAAUUAAUACAAUCCCCGCGUUCGUGCCGAUAACUAUUAAUUAUCGAAAAAUAAUUGAUCAGAAAUAAACGAGAGACGGAAUCGUAUCUCACGUUCUCGAGCUCGUUGUGCCGAAAGCAAUGCGCAACAGAUUUCGCGACCGAUAGAAAUAAUGAUUUACACGUCUAUAUAUAUACCCGAUUAAAUUUAUCUCCGUCACGACAUGUCACACGUAACAUACCUUCUGUCCUACUCUUAUUAUUCCUAAUAGUCUCGAGGCAAUAAGGUCGGUAAAAAUAUGUGGACGAUAUAUGAAAAGUCAGAACAUGAAUAAAAAAAUAUUGAAUCACCCUCUA